AUGGUCAUUAAAGUGAAGACCCUGACCACAAAGGAGAUAGAAACUGACACUGAACCCACAGACAAGGAGCAAAGCAAGGAGCGUGUGGAAGAAAAAGAGGAAAUCCUCCCACAGCAGCAACGACUCAUCUACAGUGGCAAACUGAUGAGUGAUAAGACAGCAGCUGAUUACAAGAUCCUAGGUGGUUCAGUCCUCUACCUUGUACUGGCUCUGAGAGGAGGAGGUGGCCUUAGGCAGUGA